AUGAAUAUUAUGUCAAUUAUUUAUAAUGUAUCAAAUAAUUGUCAUAAAUUUGAAAGAAAUUCUUUAAUUCAAUCAUCAUCAAUUCCUCCACAAUAUUUAUUAGUUCCAUAUAAUGAAUUUACUUUACGUACAUCAAUUUCUUGUCAUUCAUUUAAAUUUGAUAAACCAAAAAAAAAUUUAUCUCAAUUUCAUCCAAAAUUUUCUCCAUAUUUACGUGGAAUAUUUCCAUUUGUUAUACCAUAUUCAAAUAUAACAUUUAAUGAUAUAGAAAAUUUUUAUACAAAAAUUUUUCUAAAAAAUCAAAAUCAAACAUCAUUUGCUUCAAAUAUUACAUUUGAAAAUAUACCAUAUCGAUAUGAAAAUGGAAUGUGGUAUCCUAUUGAAGUAAUAUCAGCACAACGAACAGCUAUAUUAGUACCAUUACAAAAUCGAGAUUAUAAUUCUAAAGUAUUUCUCUUGAAUAUACAUGCCUUUGCACGAAGACAACUUCUUACAUAUAUAAUUAUUUUUAUCGAACAGGUUUAUCCACUUCGUUCUCGAUUUAAUAAAGGUCGAUUAUAUAAUGCUGGUGUUCGUUAUAUUCAACAACAACAACAAUUAUUAAAUAUAACAUGUCUUAUAUUACAUGAUGUUGAUUUAAUACCUGAAAAUGAUGGAAAUUUAUAUUCAUGUGAAUCUACACAUCCAAAACAUACAACAACACGAGUUCGACAAUUAAAUAAUACACAACGUUAUACACGUUAUUAUGAAUUUUUAAUUGGAGGAGUUCUUCUAUUAACAUUAGAUAUGUAUAAAAUAGUAAAUGGUUUUUCAAAUUUAUAUUGGGGUUGGGGUGGAGAAGAUGAUGAUUUAUCAUUAAGACUUAUUCAACGACGUAUGUGUGUUAUACGACCAAAUUAUGAUUUAGCUAUUUAUGUUGCAUUACCUCAUCGACGAGGUCAACGAAAUCAUGCUCGUUUUCAAUUAUUAACAUGGUCAACUGUUCGUCUUAAUGCAGAUGGUUAUGAACAAAUUGAUUCAAUGAUACGUAUUAUUAAUAUACGAAAAACAUUGACUGUUACUCAUCUUAAAAUAAAUGUUAAUGCUGAUCAAAAUUUAUAUAAAUCAUCAUCAAUGAAAAAUUUUCAAUCUUCAUUUAGUAAAAAUUAUAAUUAUAUUACAACAAAUAGUAGAACUAUAACAACUCCAAGAAUUUUUUAA